ACCAAUAGGGGCGAUACAGUCCGAGUAUUUCAAACGGCUCAUACAUACAUGCCCACAAGGUUAUUCGCGACAUGAUGAGACGUUCCUGUGUCCUUAUACAACACUAUGCAUGUGAUUAAGUUCGGCGAAAGAUUGCAUUGCUCUUAUCUGAAACAGAAACGAAAGCGAAAAUAGAAUGAGUUGGCGAGUAUUUUGAUUACGUCACAGCUCUUGAAUUCAGUUCCUGGAAAGCCCAAGUUGUAGCGACUUGUAUAUAACAGUGGAUAUGGAAUGGUCUCGGUAGUUCUCGGAAAAGUCGCGUGUGUUUUAGGAGAACUGGCGGGUCCCAUUCAAGUCCUAUGACCAUACAACGCAUCUGGAUUGUUUACAAUGGACAACGAUGAUGAUGACUUUCAAAGACCUGGUUACAGACAGGAUGACCGUGAUGGGAGAGGGCGUGGUCAAAUGAUAGGUCACGGCCGUAGGGGACAAGGACGAGGCGUCAGAGGUAAUGGAGGCGGCAGAGUUGGAGGACGAAAUGACGAUGAACAUGAUGGGGAUCAUGGAAGGUUUGGAGGAAGAGGCCGUGGGGAGCACAGAGGUAGAGGUAGGGGCGAUGGAUACAGAGGCAGAGGUGCUCAUCAUGGAGAUGACGAAAGGAGAGGACAGAAUGACAGAGAUGGUGCCAGGGGAGGCAGAGGACAAGGAUUCAGGGGAAGAGGUGGGAGAGGCGGAGGCCGUUACCUUGAUUACAGGCAGUUGCAAGAACUACGGUCAAAGGAUCCAUCUACAAUUGUUAUGGCCCUUGGACAAGAAUCUGGUCUCGGCUCACUGCUAAAACGACACAAUCUUUCAUCUCAUAUGAUGUAUGCAAUUGUUGGCGCCCUUGCUCAAGCAUGUUUAUGUGCAUCUGCUCCAACCAGCCUUAUUGAACUUUUGCUCACUGUUCAGCGGUCAAGCUUUUAUGAUCAUGUUCCUGAUGUUUUGACCGAAAUCAGGCACAGACCAAAUGAAAAUGCCAGAGAAAAGAGGCAGUUCAUCAAAGAUUUGAUGUCAGUUAUGAAGGAACUGUCUAUCAGACUGCCACAUUCAUACAUUCAUGUUCUUGGUGUAAAGAGUUUCCUGGAAAUGAUCAUGCCUGAUCUCGAGCUAAAGUCCGAUAUUGUAGAUGAAGAAAUACGUCUUCUGCUGAAACAUUUGCAGGAUGUAAAAUCACCAACUGUUGACAGGAUGACAAAAGAAGAAGGCCGGGGUGAAAGAGAGCAGUAUACUGAUGGAGAACCACCCAAUGAUUUCAGAGAUAUGUCCAUAUUUCCAAAUGUUGAGGACAUACAUCCUGAGGAGAAACCUUUCCUUCGCAAGAACAUAGAUGUUGGUGGAUACAGGGACCUUCAUCAUUAUUUGGAUGUCCAGUUCCGUUUGCUGAGGGAGGAUUUCAUCUGUCCUUUGAGGGAUGGCAUUGCAGAAUAUCUCACUGCCAAUGUGCCAGGAGAGAAAGGUCAGAGACUGAAGGACAUCCGGGUCUAUCAUGAUGUCCAGAUCUUGCGGACAGUGUGUUCAGAUGGCGGACUUCUCCACAGAAUCAUGUUUGAUGUGAGAAAACUGCGGAAAAUCAGAUGGGAAAAUUCUAAGCGACUGAUAUUUGGAUCUUUGGUCUGCUUAUCUCAUGACAAUUUUGAAACACUUCUUUUUGCAACUGUUUCUGAUAGAGAUCCCAAGAAACUUCAGGAUGGUAUACUUGAUGUUUUACUUGAAAAUGACGCAGCACUGGAAGACAUCCUUUCAUCAGAUACACGUUUUGUAAUGGUUGAGACAUCAGCUUACUUUGAGGCCUACAGACAUGUCUUGAGAGGGCUGCAGAUGCUCCAUGAUGGCGAUCUUCCAUUUGAAAAGUACAUAGUGGAAUGUGAGAGUGAGGUGAGGUCACCACGAUACCUCCAGGGUUUAAGAACUACUAAGUAUGACCUGCGCCCUCUUGUGGAUGAGAAGACUGUCCUAAGGGAAGACACUGCUUUGAGACUUCAGAGAAGGGAGGUCAGCUACGACUUCAGCCGAGAAUCCCAGAUCGCCAACAACAUUGAAAUACUGAAUCAUUUAGAUUGGCCGUCUGCCCAGCAACUGCAUCUGGAUCUGUCACAGUACAAAGCCUUAAAGACAGCCCUCACCAAAGAGUUCGUCAUUAUGCAAGGACCACCCGGUACAGGAAAAACGUAUGUUGGUUUAAAAAUUGUCAAGGCCCUGUUACACAAUGCAAAGGCAUGGAAUGCAAACAACAAUGCACCAAUGCUGAUUGUUUGUUAUACAAACCAUGCACUGGACCAGUUUCUUGAAGGAAUAAUAUCCUUCUACAGAGGAAGUAUCAUCAGAGUUGGAGGAAGGAUAAAAAGUGAACUACUGGAAGAUUACUCACUUAAAGCGCAGAGACAAAAGGCACGGAAAUUACACAGUUCCAGAGAUAUGAGAAAUACGGGACGGAUGAGAUGGGAAAUUCGUAAUAGCAUGAUGAACCUGAAACUGGAGAUUGAGAGGAUUGGUCAGCAAAUAGAAGCUGCAGAAAGAGAGAUAUUGCAUGAAGACGUGUUGCGACCAUUCAUGGGUGAAUACUAUGAUGAGAUGGUGAUGGCGAUGGAGAUGAUGCUAAUGCAGAUGCAGGAUGCAAAUGGCUUUAUGCCACCAUCAACACCUGUCAUGGUCGAGUGGCUAGGCAUUGGCACCUUUGGUGACAUGGUGAACACAAUUGAGCAACCGCUACAUGAGGAAGACAUUGAAAAUGAAGAAGAGGAUGGUGGAGUGAUAGAUGUGCAGGAAGAAGCGGAUCUCUUGCAAGAGCAGAGGCAGAUGCAUGACAUGGACGAUGGUGACAUGGAGGAGAAUGAACUUGACAAACUUCAGAGAAUGAUUGAGCGUCUACAAUAUGAACGAGGUGGAUAUGUUGCUUUUGAUGUGACAAAUUUGGAUAGAAGCCCAAAGGAGCAAGAAGAUGCAAUGCAGUUCCAGUUACCUAGAGAAGCCAGAAGACGUCUUAAAAGACGACUUUUACAGAGAUUAAGGUCCACUCAAAGGAUGACACCAGCAGAGGCUAAUCGUAUCGGGGAUCCUUGGGGACUCCAAAUGAAUGAAAGGUGGAAAUUGUACAGAUUCUGGGUACACUGUCUCUGCGAAAGACUGCGACGGGAUAUAUCAACAAAGGAGGCGAGAUACAAAGCAGUGGUAACUCAGUACAAAGAGUCACAGAUGAUUGAAGACAAACAGAUCAUGGAGACAGCAACAGUGAUAGGGAUGACAACAACAGGAGCAGCUCGCUAUCAACAGGUUCUCUCUGAAAUUGGACCCAAGGUAAUAGUUGUUGAAGAAGCUGCCGAGGUUCUUGAGGGACACAUCAUCACAACUCUGAGCAAGAAAUGUGAACAUUUGGUACUGAUUGGAGAUCAUAAACAGCUGAAGCCCAACCCAACUGUUUACAAACUUGCAAAGCAAUUCAAGUUAGAUCUCUCAUUAUUUGAGAGAAUGAUCAACAAUGGCAUGCAGUGUGACACACUGGCUCUUCAGCAUAGAAUGCGGCCCGAAAUUGCAAGGUUAAUGAAGCCAAUCUACCCCAAGCUUGAAAAUCAUUCCUCUGUCAUAAAUUAUGACACGAUCAAGGGGAUAUCUGACAACAUGUUCUUUAUCAACCAUGGAUAUGAAGAAGAGCAUGACAUUGAACGAGUCAGCCACUCCAACGAGUUUGAAGCCAGAUAUGUUGUAGCAUUGUGUGAAUAUUUAAUGAAACAGGGAUAUGAAAGAUCACAAAUCACAAUUCUCACAACCUACUCAGGGCAGCUACUGAAGUUGAAGAAGAUGAUGCCAAAGCAAAUUUUCCAGGGAGUCAGACUGACAGUGGUGGACAACUACCAAGGAGAAGAAAAUGAUAUAAUCCUUCUGUCACUCGUGCGAAGCAAUCGUGCAGGGAGUGUUGGCUUCCUAAAAAUUGAAAACCGUGUCUGUGUUGCGCUUUCACGUGCAAAGAAAGGUUUAUUUGUGAUUGGAAACUUUGAUCUUCUUGCCCAAGAGAGUCAGUUGUGGCGGGAAAUAAAGAAAGAUUUGCAGCGGAACAACCAGAUAGGAACAGCGUUGAACUUAUAUUGUCAGAAUCAUCCCAGAGACACAGGCAUUGCUGCAAGGAAACCAGAUGACUUCAAUAAAGCUCCAGAAGGUGGUUGUAUGAAGCAGUGCACCUUCAGACUGGAGUGUGGACAUGUGUGUUCUCGACUUUGUCAUCCAUAUGACCCAAAUCAUGAAGAAUACAAAUGCAAUAAACCAUGUCCAAAAACGAUUUGCAAGAACAACCACCCAUGUCCACGAUUGUGCUAUCAACAGUGUGAGAAAUGUGAGGUACCAGUGGAAAAGUCAAUUCCACGUUGUGGACACAAACAACUUGUCCCCUGCGGCAUGGAUCCAUUGAAAUACGUUUGUCAACAUAAAUGUGAUAAAACCAUGAAGUGUGGUCAUACAUGUGGUAACCCCUGUGGAAUUGAGCAUCAGUGUAAACAGACAGUGAAGAAGACCUGGAGAUGUGGACACACAAAUGAUGUGGAAUGCAUGAGGAAAGACUCGGCUGUCUGUAAGGCAAAGUGUUCCACAAUGCUGGAAUGUGGACAUGCAUGUGCCGGGAACUGUCACGAUUGUCAUGAAGGAAGGUUACACCUAUCAUGCCGUAAGAACUGCAAGAGGAGCCUUGUCUGUGGUCAUGAAUGUAAGGACAGAUGUAACAACUGUCCCCCAUGCAGAAAUGUUUGUGAGAACCGAUGUCCACACAGCAAAUGUUACAAAAUGUGCGGCGAGAUUUGUGUGCCGUGCAACGAGCCCUGUGACUGGAGAUGUCUACACCAUGCAUGUACCAAGAAGUGUAGUGAGCCAUGUGACAGACCUCCAUGUGAUGAACCUUGCCUGAAGCUUCUUCCCUGUCGUCAUCCAUGCAUCGGUCUAUGUGGCGAGCCAUGUCCACGUCUGUGUCGAGAGUGCAAUCAUGAUGAAGUCACAUCAAUCAUGUUUGGCACAGAAGACGAACCGGAUGCCAAAUUUGUUGAACUUGAGGACUGUGGCCAUAUUGUUGAAGUAUCUGCCAUGGACCAGUACAUGAAAAUGGUUCCUGAAAAUGAUGUCAUCCAAUUAAAAGCAUGUCCUCAUUGCAAGACACAGAUUCGCCGGAACAUCAGAUAUGGAUCUGACAUCAAAAGAAUGCUGAAGGAUAUAGACACGGUCAAAAAGAAGUAUAUUGGAAAGGAUGAAAGAAUAAAGGUUCUGAAAGCUCAACUUGAAGCUGAAGCCAGCAGGGAGGUUGGUCGUGAAGAACGAAAAGAAAAAAUGGAAAUGCUGAAUAAGGGUUAUGGUAAUUCUGAAGUUGGUCUCAAUGCUAUUCAGAACCAAUUUCGUUUCAUGAAACGUGUGUCAAAACUAUUUGAUGCUUUCGAAAAGCUUGCAGAUGACUGCAAAGAAGCAGUUCUUCGUCCGGUUCUAAGAGAUGCUAUUUCCAGCAUGAAGGAGCUGGAGAAAUUCCGACUAUGGCUCAUGGAGACACGAUCAUCUCUCAGUGAUCAAGAAAUCUCAGAUGCCCAGGAUGAAGUUGAUAGGAACAAGGCUAUCCUUAGGCUCUUAAAGAUUGAGAAAAUCAUAGCAAAUAGAAACCUUGAUCUACCAGAGGCAUUGCAAAAAGAACUUCAAGCUCUACAGGGGACUUUGAAAUAUGGCAAGAAGUUCAGCAAACAACGGCAAGAUGGAGUGAAGGUUGUCUUUGAAAACCUCAAAAAACAUGUUCCAGAAUCUGGUCUUGGUAUUUCUGAAGAAGAAAGGGUGAUAAUUGUGAAAGCAAUGGAACUCACAAGCGGACAUUGGUUUAGAUGCCCCAAUGGGCAUAUCUACGCUAUCGGAGACUGUGGUGGAGCAACCAUAGAGUCGAAGUGCCCAGAAUGUAACGCUGGAAUCGGUGGCAGUGGUCACAGACUGAGAAGUGACAAUGCCCUUGCACCAGAAAUGGAUGGAGCUCGCUUUGCAGCGUGGUCAGAACAGGCCAAUCUUGAGAACUAUAACUUGGAUAUGCUGUGAACCAUUUGUGCUGAUCUUUUGCAACCAUUUUUCAUGUGAGGUCUAAUAUAUGUAUCCAUCCAUCCAUCCAUCCAUUCAUCCAUCCAUCCAUCGGGAGAGAGUAACGUGCUGAUGAUAAAGUAAGAUAUCACUGCUCCUAUUAUGUACUAACAAACACAAUAUUGUCCUUAUUGGCAUAUACAGACACCUGCAUUAACCAAACUGGAUCUUAUUGUAUGGAGUGAUUUUGUAAGGUAGCAGUAGCAAAACUUUUCCAACAAUGUAAAUAAUUUCACCGUUUUCAUUUAAAUAUGCAUCCAUAGUAUUUUUAUGUUUAAAAAUUAAUCCAAAUGUCUAACUGUAGUCGUCGUUCAGUCGAUUUAAGCAAAAUAUGCCUUGGGAUGUUUUACAAACUUUGAUUGUUGAAAGUUAUAAAUAUUUAAUGUCUAUUGAAUGCAUAUUAUCUAUCUAACACAGAAUCGCCUUUUACAAACAAUUAACAUUGUUUGGAGUAAAUUGUGAUUACCUGGACUUCAAAGGUUUCAAUUGGUGUGGAUAUUACUUAUAACCGCGGGUCACGUUUUGAUUCAGAGGCAAAUUUAGAUCACUGAUAUGGUUCACAUUUUCUGCAGUACUACACUACUAAACAUUCUGUUGUUAUUAUACCUGGUAUGAAUAUAUAGAUAACCAGUGGUCUUCACAUAUGGUUAGAUCUAGACUCAACACUGCUUGAAAAUAAUGUCAUAUAUACGCUUUAGACGAAAAUAAACAUGUUUAUCCAUGAGUUUUAAAGGAUUAACUACUUUGUGGAUGUUGUGAAAGAUUGGUGGAAGUGGCUUCGUUUUAGAGUGAGUGAGUGAGUGAGUAUGGUUUUAUGCCUCUUUUAGCAAUGUGCCAGCAAUAUCUCGGCGGUGGACACCAGAAAUUGGCUUCACACAAUGUACCCAUGUUGGGAAUCGAACCCGGGUCUUCGAACCACUAGGCUACCCGACUGACCCGCUUUGUUUUAGAGGUUGAGACUGAAUAUGAAAUAAUGUCUACAAGUUUUGUCACUAUUGGAAAGCUAUUAUCACCUGGUUACCUCUUUCAUAUUAUUAUUCUGAAAUUGAUGAUCAGAAAAACAAUGUUUGUCAGUGUUUUGAAAAUAAAUAUUUACAAUUCA